AUGAUAUUUGAUAGAAAAAUAGUUAGACAAAUAUAUGAAGCAUGGAAUGAAGAAGGAAUAUGGAGGGUACGAAAGAACAAGAAAAUAGAACAAAUUUUAGAAAACGAAAACAUAGUGAAAUACAUAAAAUUAUGCAGGAUCCGAUGGCUAGGUCUUGUAGAAAGAAUGAAUAAGGAAAGAAUACUCAAACGGGUUAUGCAUGCAACCAGGAGACAAGGACGUCCAAUGAGCAGAUGGAUAGACGAAGUAAAGAAAUAUUUACAACAGAUGAGGAUACGGAACAGGAGGAAUGUUGUCAAAGACCGCGAUAACUGGAGAAGAAUUGUUUUGGAAGCCAAGGCCAUCAUGGCCUGUAGAGCUUAUGAGAGAAAGAGAGUUUUUGAUUCUGAGUUUAGCAAAGAAUGUAUUGGUUUUACAAAGACGUUUAUUAUUAUAAUUUUUGUUUUUUAUUUAUUUUUUUUUUUUAUCUGAACACUUUUAGAAAGCUUUCUCCGAUUUUCCACUUUUUCUGAAAGGAAAUUUUCUCUGGGCGGUACUUUGAAGAGGCCAUUUUUUUGAAAUCUCAUUAGUAUUCGAGAUAAUGAGGAAAACCUGGUUUUUUAGGUCGAAAAAGAUUAAAAAUUAAAAAUAAGAUUGUCAUUGGCAAUCGUUUUUACUUAUUCAUUGCUAUUAUUAAGUUUUUAUUAUUUUAAUAUUUUUUAAACAAUCAUUGUUAUUAUGAAAACGCACAUUGUUGUAAUCAUUUUACUAUAAUAUGACACACACGUAUAUUGUUGACAAAGAAACUCCGCUCAGAAUCGUUUUUUUUUUAAACAACGAUAAACCCAAUGGUUUAUCAAUGCUUACAGACGUAUAUUAAAGUCCCGUCUGUAUCCUACCUUCCCAACUUCCCACCUACAACAGUGGCUGCGCCCACGUGUGAAGUGUGUUCGUCCUUUUUUUUUUUUAACAUCGUUUUUUAUUCUGCAUUAAAUACUAAGGAUUAUAACUGCACGGUCAAGAUCUACGCCUAGGCCUGUAGUUUAUUACGGACACGAAUCGAAAGAGCAAACCUCCACUCCACCCUCCCACCACCACGCUGCCGAAUGUCGCUCAUGCACCGGACUCGCGAUUCGACUGCACCUGAAAUUAGUGUGCACGGGAUUCAAUUCAGUGUUGGCCUUUCCGUAACCGCCACGCCGCCGGGGGCGCGCUGCUACACAAACCUCAUUAAUUAA